GCCCUCCCUCCCCGCUCUGGGGCCACCACUCGGGUCCGGCCUGCCCCGACUCCACCGUCCCAUUCUUUCCCUCGGCCCCCACCCCCACCCGUGGCCGACCCCGCCCCCACCCGUGGGGAGGAAGUCCUUGCGGCCCCGCGUUUUGGCGCCAGCGCUGACGCCGACGCGGCGAAUCCCCAGCCCAGCCCGAGCCUGCGCGGCCGCCGGGCCCCCCGCAGCUGCAGCCGCGGUCGCCCUCCGCCCCUAGUCCCGUCCUCCUCUCUAGGGACCGCAGGGCGGCCCGCGACGUAAAAGCUCUUCAAGUCUGCAAUAAAAAAUGGCCUCCAAUAAAACUACAUUGCAAAAGAUGGGAAAGAAACAGAAUGGCAAAAGUAAGAAAGUGGAGGAAGCGGAGCCUGAGGAGUUUGUGGUGGAGAAGGUGUUGGACCGGCGAGUGGUGAACGGGAAAGUGGAGUAUUUCUUGAAGUGGAAAGGAUUUACAGAUGCUGACAACACAUGGGAACCUGAAGAAAACCUGGAUUGUCCAGAGUUAAUUGAAGCAUUUCUGAAUUCUCAGAAGGCUGGGAAAGAAAAAGAUGGAGCCAAGAGAAAGUCUUUGUCUGACAGCGAGUCAGAUGACAGCAAGUCAAAGAAGAAGCGUGAGUCGGCUGACAAGCCUCGGGGCUUUGCGAGGGGCCUUGACCCAGAGCGAAUCAUUGGUGCUACGGACAGCAGUGGAGAGCUAAUGUUUCUCAUGAAGUGGAAAGAUUCCGAUGAGGCUGACUUGGUGCUGGCCAAAGAAGCAAACAUGAAAUGUCCUCAGAUAGUCAUCGCCUUUUAUGAGGAGCGACUGACCUGGCACUCCUGUCCUGAAGAUGAAGCACAAUAAUCAUUUAUGUUGCUUUUUAAAACAUAUAUAUAUAUAUAUACACACACACAUACAUACAUGCAUAUAUAUAUAUAUAUAUAUAAUGAAAUCUGGAUAUUGAUUCCAUUCUUUGAUUUGUUAGCAGUGUGAGCACCAUCUACAUCUAAUGAGAACUGAGUUGGGUAGGUUUUAAAGUAGGUUUUUGUUUUUGUUUGGUUUGUUUUUCGUUUGGGCUGGUUUUUAUUUUGCAUCAACGGCACUGGUAACUGAACAAGUAAAUACAAGCUUUCUGCGUUUACUUAACAUUUAUCACAGAAGAGAGCAUUUGAUACUAUGGAAUUAUUAACUUCCUCCACAGUAGAGAAGAACUUUUAUAAAUACUGAUUAAUACCUUCUGUAGUCACUACUCUGAAUCCUAAGAAAUGUUUAACCCCCAUGUAUGCCUAAGGUUAGCUGUCUGAGACAAAGUUGUGUCCGUGUAGAAUUUCGACAUUCGCUCGAAACCCAACUUAAUAAUAAAAGCUAUAUUUUACACCUAGAGGUAAAUCCGUUGACAGGUUGCUGCCGGCAGCCAUUUCCCAUUAUUGCUCGGUUCUGGGGAGCCAAAGAGCCCAUUCCUCCUGACUGGCAGAAAAUGUGCUCCCUUCACUUUUCCAAACACUAACUGUUUCUGAACAGAGCAGAAUGAUUUUAUAGGCACUUUGCAGCCUUGCUGGAGUGUUCACAGUAGGGUAGUGCUCAGUGUCUGGAGCCUAUUAAGGAGCAUCUCCCUUGUGGAUGCAAAGGACAGCUCCACACUUAUUACCCAAACAGGAUCCUCUCCCCAAAGCCUCAGAUCUGGCUGGACAAGGGCCCUGUCUGCUGGGACCCAUGGCCAUCUUGCUGGCAGCCUCCCCACGGGUCCAACAUCUCAGUCGAUGUUGCCCAAUCCUAGGUUAGAGACGUGCAUGGGUAAAUGCUACCGGAACUUGUUUGAACAUUUACCUAAAAUGUUAAAAUAGAACCAUUUUGGCCUUGAUUUUAAAAAAGAGAAAAACUUGGACUUCCUGCUUUGGAAAGUAGGGGUGUCCCAUCUUAUUUUACUAACCAAAGGGUCCUCUCUUAAUCAUGUAGUAACAUCCCCAUCUGCUGGAACGUACAUAUUCUGCCCAAAGGGCAGGCAUUUGGGGGGGGGGUUGUGUUUUCCUAACUAUGGGCAUGAAUGGGGAGCAGACGUACCCAUGUUAGGUAGUCUUCUAUAGUCUUGAUGUGCAUGUUUUUUCCUUCUUUAUCCCAACCCAUCCCUUCAACGUAGGACCAGCCUUUUGAGUAUUUGGGUCACUUGGCUCCUCGGGAGCUGGGCAAAAAAAAAAAUAACUUUGUAGUCAUUGGAAUGUUAUACAACUGUAUAUUGUUUACUUUAUUGUAAAUACUGGUGAACAGUGGUCAAUAAAUAGUUUUAUAUUCUUCCUUUA